GGCUUUUAACUCUUAACAACUAAUUUGGUCGGUUAUCGUGUUAUUCCUCCUUGAUGGCGAAUGGACGCGUUCAGGAAGUGGGCGGAUUUCCACAAACGCAGCAUUACAGUAGUACAUGUCGCGGUUUGCUCGCUACUAGCAAACAAGAGCAGGAAGCCAUCAUGUUUCCCUCCAGUCAGCGACAAAAACAUCGGCCGUCGUUGGGUUAUUUACUUUUAGCCGCGUACCUUACGUCGGUGCCAGUGUCGGCCAAGUUGGACAGCCUCCGGGAAGUCACCGACGGCAACUGGGAGGACAUACUGACCGGGGAAUGGAUGAUUGAAUUCUACGCACCGUGGUGCCCCGCCUGUCAACAGCUGCAGUCGGUCUGGAAGGAGUUCGCGGACUGGGGGGACGACAUGGGGGUCAAUAUAGCCAAAGUGGACGUGACGGAACAACCAGGUCUCAGCGGGAGAUUCAUCAUUACGUCACUUCCGACAAUUUACCACUGUAAAGACGGCGUCUUCCGCAAGUACCAAGGCGCUCGCACCAAAGACGACUUCCUCAGCUACAUCGAUGCUCAAAAAUGGAAAGCCGUGGAGCCGAUCUCCUCCUGGUUCGGGCCCUCGUCUCUUCUGAUGAACUCGAUGUCUGCUCUCUUCAAGCUCUCCAUGUUCAUAAGGCGUUGCCAUAACUACAUGACGGAACAACUGGGGAUUCCCGUGUGGGGCUCGUACGUUAUCUUCGGCCUGGCCACGCUCUUCUCCGGCCUCGCUCUCGGACUGCUGCUGGUGUUCAUCGCCGACUUUGUCUUCCCUUCGCGGCGAUUCUCCUCUUCCUCCGACUACUACCAGAAGAAGCAAACGCUUGAUCAGGCCCGGCUAAUCCAGCAAGAGGAGGAGGAGCAGGAGGCAGACGGCGAGGAGGACGACGACGAAGAGGAGGAGUACGAGGUCAGAGACUCGGACGGCGUGUGGAGGACGCGCAGGCGAAGGGGCUCCCCCGGGGCACGCAAAGGACACGCCUUGUCGGACGACACCCUGAGGAAGAGGGUGGUUCUUAGCCGCCAGGACAAGGAGGAGGACGACGACGACGAAGACGAGGAGGACUCGUAGAGCGGCGGCGCGGAGCGUUACACAUGACCCGUGCUACUCGACGUGAAGUCGACCGGAGUCGGAGGGGACUCGCUCUUUGCAAAAUUGUUUACAACGCCAGGCUUUUUGCCCUAUCGACCUCCCCCCUAAGAUAAGGCGCCAUCUUUUUUAUCUUCUCUCUCCUCCCUCACUUCACACACUGGCCAGCAGGAGAACUACCGUGAUUUCCGGGCUAUUGUAAGUCACAUCCACCAAAUUUUAGAAAAAAUAAUUAUUUUUACAUAUUAGAAGCACCGGACCACGAGUCACAGACUUACAGUAGAGGCCAAAAGUUUGGACACACCUUCUCAUUCAAUGUGUUUUCUUUAUUUUCAUGACUAUUUACAUUGUAGAUUGUCACUGAAGGCAUCAAAACUAUGAAUGAACACGUGUGGAGUUAUGUACUUAACAAAAAAAAAAGGUGAAAUAACUGAAAACAUGUUUUAUUUUCUAGUUCCUUUAAAAUAGCCACACUCUUGGCAUUCUCUCGAUGAGCUUCAAGAGAACCCUGAAAUGGUUUUCACUUCACAGGUGUGCUUGAAGCUCAUCGAGAGAAUGCCAAGAGAGUGCAAAACAGUAAUCAGAGCAAAGGGUGGCUAUUUUGAAGAAACUACCGUAUUUUUCGGACUAUAAAUCGCUCCGGAGUAUAAGUCACACCGGCCGAAAAUGCAUAAUAAAGAAGGAAAAGAACAUAUAAGUCGCACUGGAGUAUAAGUCACAUUUUUUGGGGGACAUUUAUUUGAUAAAAGCCAACACCAAGAAUAGACAUUUGAAAGGCAAUUCAAAAUAAAUAAAGAAUAGUGAACAACAGGCUGAAUAAGUGUACGUUAUAUGAGGCAUAAAUAACCAACUGAGAACGUGCCUGGUAUGUUAACGUAACAUAUUAUUAGGGAUGUCCGAUAAUGGCUUUUUGCCGAUAUCCGAUAUUCCGAUAUUGUCCAACUCUUUAAUUACCGAUACCGAUAUCAACCGAUAUAUGCAGUCGUGGAAUUAACACAUUAUUAUGCCUAAUUUGGACAACCAUGUAUGGUGAAGAUAAGGUACUUUUUAAAAAAAAUAAUAAAAUAAGAUAACUAAAUUAAAAACAUUUUCUUGAAUAAAAAAGAAAGUAAAACAAUAUAAAAACAGUUACAUAGAAACUAGUAAUUAAUGAAAAUGAGUAAAAUUAACUGUUAAAGCUUAGUACUAUUAGUGGACCAGCAGCACGCACAAUCAUGUGUGCUUACGGACUGUAUCCCUUGCAGACUGUAUUGAUAUAUGUUGAUAUAUAAUGUAGGAACCAGAAUAUUAAUAACAGAAAGAAAUGGGGGGAGGGAGGUUUUUUGGGUUGGUGAACUAAUUGUAAGUGUAUCUUGUGUUUUUUAUGUUGAUUUAAUAAAAAAAAUAAAUUAAAAAAAACGAUAUAGAUAAUAAAAAAACCGAUACCGAUAAUUUCCGAUAUUACAUUUUAACGCAUUUAUCGGCCGAUAAUAUCGGCAGGCCGAUAUUAUCGGACAUCCCUACAUAUUAUGGUAAGAGUCAUUCAAAUAACUAUAGCAUAUAGAACAUGCUAUACGUUUACCAAACAAUCUGUCACUCCUAAUCGCUAAAUCCCAUGAAAUCUUAUAUGUCUAGUCUCUUACGUGAAUGAGCUAAAUAAUAUUUCUUGAUAUUUUAUGCCUUCAGUGACAAUCUACAAUGUAAAUAGUCAUGAAAAUAAAGAAAACGCAUUGAAUGAGGAGAAGGUGUGUCCAAACUUUUGGCCUGUACUGUAUAUCGGUACAAAAGAUUUUGUAAAUCUUUAUUUACAUACCUUACGGUGCCUGUCACACGGCAGUAAAACAGAUGAUCAUACAAAAUAAAUAAUCGUCAUGGACCCACUAGCAGAGGAAGCUCGUUCUCCAAUCAGCUAAACAGACUCAGUAACUCCACGGUGAGGUUUUGGUGAAUUUACGAAACUGAAACAAUGCAAAACGAGUGCCAUUGUAAGUUAAUUAUACCAACACAGACACUUUUAAAACGUGCUAGCAUAUAGAAUACAAUAGAAAGUACUUUAUUGAUCCCUGGGAGAAAUUCAGCACCACAGUUCGCUCACAAUAGACAAUAAACACUUAGGUAUUUUUUACAUGUGAAUAAUAUAAAUACAGUCUAUCAUACAGCAUUAUUCACAUGUGAAUAAUAUAAAUACAGUCUAUUAGACAGCAUUAUUCACAUGUGAAAAAUAUAAAUACAGUCUAUUAUACAGCAUUAUUCACAUGUGAAUAAUAUAAAUACUGUCUAUUAUACAGCAUUAUUCACAUGUGAAUAAUAUAAAUACAGUCUAUUAUACAUCAUUAUUCACAUGUGAAUAAUAUAAAUACAGUCUAUUAUACAGCAUUAUUCACAUGUGAAUAAUAUAAAUACAGUAUUAUACAGUAUUAUACAGCAUUAUUCACAUGUGAAUAAUAUAAAUACAUUUACAGUACAUGUACAGUCAAUAAUGUAUAUUCGCUAAUGCUAUCGACGCUAGCUUGAUUACAUUAUAAUGGCACGUACAGAUAUGCAUUAAAAAAACCACUUCUACAGACAUGACACAUGGGACUGUUUAGUAAGUAUGAAUUGUUUUAGUUGUAUUGUAAAACUUACAAACAUUGCUUGGAGUGGUGAAUGGAGAACUAUUUCUAGCAGAAACGCUAUGGACGAAUAUACUUCAGGCACAAAACAGGAAGUACAUUGUCAACCCGCAGCACCUGCAGUGAGUGAACUGGUCCAAAAGAUGGGGUUAUAUCACAAACAAUAACACGCCAUUUCAGUGUUUGUUAGCGUAAUAUGACAAUUAUUUGUUGAAUACAAUACAUCAUGGUCGUUGGUGAAGAAAAAUCCCUAAAUUAGCUGCGCCGUUUCUUAACCCGCAGGGUGCAAAGCGUUGGGAAAAAGUAGCGGCUUGUAGUCCGGAAAAUACGGUAACUUGGCUUUUUGCUAUGCAUUUUUUCUUUAUCUUUCAUGUUGAACAUACAAAAUAUUAAACCGUUACAUACAUUA